AUGGCCUCCGUGCAGGCGCUCAAGUCGCGCCUCCGCUCGAACUACCGCUUUUUCCUACCUUACCGCCUCCGCUGGGCCGACAACGACCAGUACGGACACGUGAACAACUCGGUGUACAACUUCCUCAUCGACUCUGUUGUCAACACUUACCUAAUCGAGUCGUGCGGGUUGCGCCCCACCGACCCGAACCCGUCCGAGCCGAUCGGUCUCGUUGUCACCAGUAGCUGCAACUACUUUGCGCCACUCACGUUCCCAGAGGUGGUUGACCUCGGGCUCCGCGUGAACAAGCUAGGUAACAGCUCGGUGACGUACGAAGUCGGCUUCUUCCAGCAGGGCAAGGACACGGUGGCGGCCGUUGGCGGGUUCACGCACGUGUUCGUACAUCCUGUCGAGCGGCGGCCGACGGCGAUGGCUGACACUAUGCGGCGCGGGCUGGAGAAGUUGGUCAUCGAGGAGACGGCGAGCUUGUGA